GAGGGACAUUGUGUUAAUCGAAUCGGACCCAAAACAUUCACGAUUCCAGUUGAUUUAUUGGUCCCAUCUCAUCGCUUGAUUGUUCGUUCAUUUGGUCAUAUGGAAAUGGAAUUUCUCUUCCAUUCCCAUCUCCUACCCUUUUACUGAAAACUAAAGUCUUCCUUGUUAGGGUUCAUGGAAGCUUCAUUCUAAGAAACCGGGAAGUUUGAGUUUGAAGCUGUUUUUAUCAAUUGAAAAUGGAAAAUCCUGAUCAGGAUCAGCAAGAUCCGAGGAGUGUUCCUGGUGUGGAGGACACAACUGCCAUGACUAUUGAGUUUCUUCGUGCUCGACUUCUAUCAGAACGAUCGGUUUCAAAAAGUGCAAGACAAAGAGCUGAUGAACUAGCAAAACGAGUUGCAGAACUGGAGGAGCAGCUAAAGAUCGUGUCUCUUCAAAGAAAGAUGGCUGAAAAGGCCACAGCAGAUGUACUUGCCAUUUUAGAAGAUAAUGGCGCUAGUGAUAUUUCUGAGACACUUGAUUCGAACUCUGAUCAUGAAACUGAACCAAAAGUUGAGGAUGGUCCUCCUAGAGAGGAUGUGAACUCUGGUACAGUACGGAGGAGAAAUGAACAUGAAGAAUAUUCAGGUUCUAAUAUCAAUACUUCUCCAGUGCUAGGCGGAAGCUUGUCUUGGAAAGGUCGCAAUGAUUCACCACAUACUCGUGAGAAGUACAAAAAACAUUCUAUACGAAGUCGAAGCAGUUUUACUUCGAUUGGUUCUUCUUCACCAAAACACCAACUUGGAAGAUCAUGCCGCCAGAUAAAACGUAGGGAUACAAGACCACUGGAUGGGGAGCAAGAGCUCAAAUCUGAGGCUCGCAUGGAUAGUUCUGAAGAGAUACUGUCGACUUCUUUAGAAGACUCUCGAAAUUACUCUGUAAAUGGGCACAAUAUAUUGAGAGAUAACUAUGAAGUUCGUGAAAAGACAUGCUCAAGUUCUUCAGGAAUUCAUAAUAGUAUAGGAAAUAGUGAUCAGGAUAAUGAUGUAGAUGGAUAUGAAAAAGUGGAUGAUAUGGAGAAGGCAUUGAAAUGCCAAGCACAACUUAUUGAUCAAUAUGAAGCAAUGGAAAAGGCUCAAAGAGAAUGGGAAGAGAAGUUCAGAGAAAAUAACAACAGUACACCCGAUUCUUGUGACCCUGGAAACCAUUCAGAUAUUACCGAGGAAAGGGAUGAGAUGAGGGCUCAAGCUCCAAAUCUAUCAAAUAAUCCUGCAAAUGAGGCCAAACCACAUAUUGCAGUCGUUUGUGGCGAUAGAGAUUUGUCCCAAGUUCAAACCAAUGGGCUUGGCCCAUCUAUGUGUGCUGCUGAUGUGGAAGACUUGCAGGAUCAGAAUACAAACAGCAUUUCUACUUCAAAAUCACUUGAAGAAUUUACCUUUCCUAUGGCUAAUGUGAAGCAAUGCCAAGACAGCCAAGAAAACAGUGCACAAGAACCUUCAUGUACGUCCCACCUCAAUCAUGGGCUCCCGGAAAGGCCAUUGUCAUCUCAUAGUGGUAUCAAUUCCUAUGAUCAAGAAACUCCAUGCAGUAAUAAUGAUCUAUAUGCAUUGGUACCACAUGAACCGCCUGCAUUAGAUGGUGUAUUAGAGGCACUUAAACAAGCGAAACUGUCACUAACAAAGAAAAUCAUCAAAUUACCCUCUGUAGAUGGUGAAAGUGAAUCAAUUGAUAAAUCCAUUGGACCACUUUCUGUCCUAAAAAUGGGGGACAGGUUAGAAAUCCCCGUUGGAUGCGCUGGGCUCUUCAGACUUCCGACUGAUUUUGCUGCUGAAGCUUCUUCACAGGCAAACUUCCUAGCUUCCAGUUCUCAGUUAAGAUCUCCAACUCAUUAUCCUGGUGAGGGUGUUGCAUUAUCUGCAAACCAUCAAAUUUUCCCUGGUCAUGAAAUGGAGGAUAGAUCAAGUUUUUUAAGAGACAGUCGUUUACGCUGCAGUGGGUACCGCACUGGUUCAGGUUUUACCCGAGAUGCAUUUCUAACUGACCAUAUUCCUGAGAAUAGAUGGAAAAAUCCAAGUCAGAAGCAUCAUAUCGAUCAAUACUUCGAUGCAGUUCAACCCUCUUCCUAUGUACCCAACUAUCCAUCACGUCCUGUAUCCUCAAACAUAAAUCCCAAUGAUACUUUUUUGAGAACUUUUCCCAGUCGGAGCACAGAAAUGCCUCCGAACCAAUAUUCAUUUUAUGAUGAUCAAUUUAGGCCAAAUAUGUAUAGAUAGUUGCAUGUAGUUAUAAAUAUAUAGAUUUGUGAUACAUUCUUCAGGUUCCAGGAGAGCUGUUUUUCUUUUGCAACUAUAGACUCAUGUACCAUGGAAGACCAUUUCUACAUUCUAUUGGCUUCUACAAACUUGCUGAAAGGAAAUUGGCCUUAGGAGAUUUGACCUUGUAUCAUACUGUAAGUGUGUAAUAUAUUAUUGUUAUUUGUCCUGUAA